AUGGCCAUCUGCACCCGUAUGUGUGCGCCCACAGACACGCACGGUCCACGUCUCCCAGAACCCUCCCGCCAGGAGACUUUAACCACCCGCUUCUCUGCACCGCCGCACUCCAUCAGUCCUGCUCCUGGGGUUCGAGAUGCAGCAAUAAACAGCUUAGUGGAAAUUUACAGACAUGUAGGAGAACGUGUGAGGGCAGAUCUCAGUAAAAAAGGAUUACCACAGUCCCGGUUGAAUGUAAUUUUUACAAAAUUUGAUGAAGUCCAAAAAUCUGGAAACAUGAUCCAAUCAGCAAACGAUAAAAAUUUUGAUGAUGAAGAUUCUGUGGAUGGUAAUAGACCUUCCUCUGCUAGUUCUACAUCAUCCAAAGCUCCACCCAGCUCAAGGAGAAACGUUGGAAUGGGGACCACCCGCCGGCUUGGUUCCUCCUCUCUUGGAUCCAAGUCUUCAGCUGCAAAAGAAGGAGCUGGUGCUGUUGAUGAAGAGGACUUUAUUAAAGCAUUUGAUGACGUACCUGUAGUACAGAUUUAUUCCAGCCGAGACCUGGAGGAGUCCAUAAACAAGAUUAGGGAAAUAUUAUCUGAUGACAAGCAUGAUUGGGAACAAAGAGUAAAUGCUCUGAAAAAGAUCAGAUCUUUACUUUUGGCUGGUGCCGCCGAGUACGAUAACUUCUUUCAACAUCUGCGUCUUUUGGACGGAGCCUUUAAACUAUCUGCUAAGGACCUGCGGUCUCAGGUAGUGCGGGAAGCUUGCAUCACAUUGGGGCAUCUGUCAUCAGUUCUGGGAAAUAAAUUUGACCAUGGAGCUGAAGCCAUUAUGCCAACUAUCUUUAAUUUAAUUCCAAACAGUGCCAAAAUUAUGGCCACUUCCGGUGUUGUAGCUGUUAGGUUAAUCAUUCGGCACACACACAUCCCUAGGCUAAUACCUGUCAUAACAAGCAACUGUACCUCUAAGUCUGUCGCAGUUAGAAGGCGCUGUUUUGAAUUUUUAGAUUUACUUUUACAAGAAUGGCAGACACAUUCACUGGAACGACACAUAUCAGUAUUAGCCGAAACAAUAAAGAAGGGAAUACACGAUGCUGAUUCUGAAGCAAGGAUAGAAGCCAGAAAGUGCUACUGGGGUUUCCACAGUCACUUCAGCAGAGAAGCAGAACAUUUGUACCACACCUUGGAGUCCUCCUACCAGAAAGCCCUGCAGUCCCACCUGAAGAACUCGGACAGCAUCGUGUCUCUGCCGCAGUCCGACCGCUCGUCCUCAAGCUCUCAAGAGAGUCUAAAUCGGCCACUCUCUGCCAAAAGAAGUCCUACCGGGAGUACCACCUCUAGAGCUUCUACGGUCAGCACCAAAUCCGUGUCAACGACCGGGUCCCUCCAGCGGUCUCGAAGUGAUAUUGACGUGAAUGCAGCAGCCAGUGCCAAGUCCAAGGUCUCAUCGGCCUCGGGUGCUACGCCUUUCAGCUCUGCAGCGGCCUUGCCUCCGGGGUCCUACGCAUCCUUAGAGUCCAGACACAUGAGGGAAGAUAUGGAGUCCGUAGGCCAUGACUCAGACGGUACUUCCACUAAAGCGGAGGGUCGGAUCCGCACGAGACGGCAGAGCUCCGGGAGUGCCACCAGUGUCGCCACCACACCUGAUAACCGAGGCCGCAGUCGCGCCAAAGUGGUUUCACAGUCCCAGCGAUCCAGAUCUGCUAAUCCUGCUGGUGCUGGCAGCCGGUCAAGUUCCCCAGGAAAAUUGUUGGGAAGUAGUUAUGGUGGCCUUGCCGGGGGUUCCUCAAGAGGCCCGCCCGUGACUCCCUCUUCAGAGAAACGAAGCAAGAUCCCCAGGAGUCAGGGAUGUAGCCGAGAAACCAGUCCAAACCGGAUAGGAUUAGCACGGAGCAGCCGUAUCCCUCGACCCAGCAUGAGUCAGGGGUGCAGCCGCAAUACCAGCUGUGAGAGCAGCCGCGAUACGAGCCCCGCUCGGGGCUUUCCUCCACUCGACCGGUUUGGGCUUGGCCAGGCAGGAAGAAUACCUGGCUCUGUGAAUGCCAUGCGGGUUUUGAGCACGAGUACAGACCUUGAAGCUGCUGUCGCUGAUGCUUUGCUGUUAGGAGACUCCAGGAGCAAGAAGAAGCCGGUGAGGAGGAGGUAUGAGCCGUACGGGAUGUAUUCUGAUGACGAUGCCAACAGCGAUGCCUCAAGCGUUUGCUCUGAGCGCUCGUACGGCUCCAGGAACGGCGGCAUUCCCCACUAUCUGCGGCAGACCGAGGACGUAGCAGAAGUUCUCAACCACUGUGCCAGUUCCAACUGGUCGGAAAGGAAAGAAGGGCUUCUCGGCCUGCAGAACUUGCUGAAGAGCCAAAGAACACUGAGUCGAGUAGAAUUGAAAAGACUGUGUGAGAUCUUCACUCGAAUGUUUGCUGACCCUCACAGCAAGGUUUUCAGUAUGUUUUUGGAGACUCUGGUGGAUUUUAUAAUAAUUCAUAAGGACGACUUACAAGACUGGCUUUUUGUUCUUCUCACACAAUUACUUAAGAAAAUGGGGGCAGAUUUACUUGGAUCUGUGCAAGCAAAAGUUCAAAAGGCUCUAGAUGUCACAAGGGACUCCUUUCCAUUUGACCAACAGUUUAACAUUUUGAUGAGAUUUAUUGUGGAUCAAACUCAAACUCCUAACCUCAAGGUCAAAGUUGCAAUCCUGAAGUACAUCGAGUCCCUCGCUAGGCAGAUGGAUCCAACGGAUUUUGUAAACUCUAGUGAGACGAGGCUUGCAGUUUCUAGAAUUAUAACCUGGACAACAGAACCAAAGAGUUCAGACGUGAGAAAGGCAGCACAAAUUGUGCUGAUCUCUCUGUUUGAAUUGAACACUCCCGAAUUUACCAUGUUACUUGGUGCCUUGCCAAAAACCUUCCAGGAUGGUGCCACCAAACUCCUGCAUAACCACCUCAAGAACUCUAGUAACACCAGUGUGGGCUCUCCAAGCAAUACAAUUGGCCGGACUCCCUCCCGACACACCAGCAGCAGGACCAGUCCCCUGACCUCACCCACCAACUGUUCCCACGGGGGCCUGUCUCCCAGCAUGCUGGAAUAUGAUACAGAGAACCUGAACUCUGAAGAAAUUUACAGUUCUCUGCGUGGAGUUACAGAAGCCAUUGAAAAGUUUAGUUUUCGAAGCCAAGAGGAUCUGAACGAGCCAAUUAAGCGAGAUGGCAAAAAGGACUGUGACAUUGUGUCCCGCGAUGGUGGAGUUGCAUCGCCUGCCACGGAGGGCCGCGGAGGCAGUGAUGUGGUGGAAGGAGGCAGAACGGCCCUGGACAACAAGACGUCCCUCCUCAACACCCAGCCCCCCCGCGCCUUCCCUGGGCCGCGGGCGCGAGACUACAAUCCCUACCCCUACUCGGACACCAUCAACGCCUAUGACAAGACAGCCCUGAAGGAGGCCGUGUUCGAUGAUGACAUGGAGCAGCUUCGAGAUGUGCCCAUUGACCAUUCUGACUUGGUGGCUGACCUUCUGAAAGAGCUGUCCAACCACAACGAGCGGGUGGAGGAACGGAAAGGCGCCCUGCUGGAGCUGCUCAAAAUCACCCGGGAAGACAGCCUGGGUGUCUGGGAGGAGCACUUCAAGACCAUUCUGCUCCUGCUGCUGGAGACACUCGGAGACAAAGACCAUUCCAUCCGAGCACUAGCAUUGAGAGUUCUACGGGAAAUUCUGAGAAACCAGCCCGCAAGAUUUAAGAACUAUGCCGAGCUGACGAUUAUGAAGACUCUGGAAGCCCACAAAGACUCCCAUAAGGAGGUGGUGAGAGCAGCCGAGGAGGCGGCGUCCACGCUGGCCAGCUCCAUCCACCCGGAGCAGUGUAUCAAAGUCCUCUGCCCCAUCAUCCAGACGGCCGACUACCCCAUCAACCUCGCCGCCAUCAAGAUGCAGACCAAAGUCGUCGAGAGGAUCGCCAAGGAGUCCUUGCUGCAGCUCCUCGCCGACAUCAUCCCGGGCUUGCUGCAGGGUUAUGACAACACCGAAAGCAGUGUGCGUAAGGCCAGCGUGUUUUGCUUAGUGGCGAUUUAUUCCGUAAUCGGAGAAGAGCUGAAACCUCACCUCGCACAGCUCACGGGGAGCAAGAUGAAGCUACUCAACUUAUACAUAAAGAGGGCCCAAACCACAAACAGCAACAGCAGCUCCUCCUCCGACGUGUCCACACACAGCUAAUGGCAGCGCCAGAGUCUCUUUCUGUCGCCCUAGAAGCAAUCGGUGGUGCCUCUCAGAGACCUUCCCCGCCCCCCGCCCCCCCAUCGGCUGCCCAGUCAGUACACGGAGGCCCGCAGAUAUUUAUUACAAUCAGUAUUUUGGUCCCUUCCAGCUUUUGUGUAGAAUCUUACUGGUAUUGAAUGUAAAGGAAGCAAGGCCUGUUUUGCAGUCUUCGUACGCAACAAGCGGAAUAAGAAAAGAGCCAUACUUACCCAUGUCUUGUACAGCCUGCUGAGAUCAUAAAACCAUGUGUGUGGGGUGCAGUUUUCGCAAAUCAGAGCUCUCUAGCCAAUACUGGUAGAAAGUAGCAUUUUCUCUUAGUUAAUAACAUUGAGGAGGGUGUGUUAAUUUCUGUUUCUAUCUCAUCUUCGCUUACUUCUUCUGGACACGGCCUGUGACACCAGGAAAGGGUCGUACGUCCUUCAGUUGGAUUGUGAGACCUACUAAGAACGUGAGUCAAAUCCCGGCAAGAAACAAACAGAAGCCUGAAGACCGUCUUUUAACAAACACGUGGGAUUUUGCUUGUACACUUUCUGGACUGGAGGCCCAGGGCCCCCUCCUCAGGCCCCUUCCAGGACGGGCUCCCAGCGCCUCUGAACCCUCCACUCGUGCUAUCCCCACCCAGAGCUUCUACUCGAAAGAAUGGUUUCUUCCGUUUAAAUCCAAACAGAAAAGUCCAGGUAAAUGUAUAGCAUCCCUUAGGGGGAGUGCCUAAAGUGGCAUUUCGUGAAGCCUGGAAGAUCCAAGAGAAGGGGUGUGUGUGUUUAUUUCACUACGCAGAUGUUGGGGAAACACUAUGUUAACAGGGCCUCCCCUGUGGCCCUGCUGCUUGGUUGGGCUUUUCCGAUUCCGCACCGUCUCCUCUCCUGUCCCCCAGCCUCCACCUCAGCUGCUCAGUUCGAAGUGUUCUGGCCAGUCUGAUAAAUGAUAACUCUGCCACCCCAGUUUUGACUUCUUGGUUUCAUUUGGGAUUAGGAUCGAAGGAAAAUCUAGAGAGACCAGGUAUCAGAAUCCUUUUUUUUAAUUUUAUGGACGGAAGUACUUCCUUGAUCAUCUGUUGAAAUAGUUGUUUGAGCAAAAAGCAAUGGUGAGUGGCACAUUGCGGGAAAACAAGAUUUGAAACCCAGUUUUAACGUUUCUUCACUGAGAAAUUACCAGAGAAACUACCCUUCCUAAACAUUUUUCUUAAGGGUUUCACUCUCCAAUAAAAGGGACUAUAAAGAUUAGAGUCUGGUUAAAAUAAGUUUUGAGUAAAAUUCUUCAAGUGAAAUGGAAAUUCUUGUUGCAGUCGUGAAGCCUUCUAUCCUCUCUAAAUUGAACUGGGUUUUCCCUGAGGAAAAUGCCUGUUCUGGUGUUACUUUGUAAUGAGGUGUUUGCUGUUCUGAUGCAGAACUCCCCUUGCAGCCAGAAGCACCCAGAAGCAGAGACUGGGCGGUGGUCCCGCUGACACCUACAGACUGCCCCCCAAUCUCUGACCCUCCCGCCUUGUUUGGAAGUUGCAACACUGUAGCACACACAACUCAUUUUCACUCAGAAGGUAUUUUUAGAUACUUUAUUUGGAACUAGGCACUGAAAACAAAGGUCCAGGAACAGUGAAGCCAGGGUGCCUUCACUGAGAGAGAGAGAGAGAGAGAGAGAGAGAGAGUGCGCGAGUGUGUGUGUGUGUGUGGUGUGUGUGUGUGUAGGGGGUAUCUUGCACUUGGAGGGAAGUACCCCGCUGCUGCUGUUGAAGGAACUUCAGGGGUGCAUUUUAAGUGGUUGAAUAUUAUUGACUUAUUUUUGGCUCAAAACAUAGCAGGACCAGGCCUUACUUUCAUUGAUAAAUGACGUUUGUUAAUAUCUCACUAAUGGGAUUUUCUUUUUACACUCGACAAGUGAGUCAGGGCACCUUUUGAUUACUCCUCUGUUGUAGAAAUGUGCGUUCUGCUAGGUUAUUUAUGAGUUCUUGUAUGCCUCAUGCGUUUGGAAAGACCUUGCCCCUUGAACUCUGUGACUCCCUGCCUCAUGGGCCCCCCCCCCCCCCCCCCCCCCCGCCUGCAGCUGGGAAGAAGCUUGAACAUUGCCGAAUGUCCUCAUUGUACUCACAAAGGGCUAGCCUCGAAUGUCACUUCCCCGACCUUCAAUCUCCCCACCUAGAGAGGGAUACAAUCACAGGUCUCUUGGCCUCAAUCAGAACUGCUGCCCACGCCGGCACCGGCACCGCCACCUGGGAGACUCGCAUGCCGCCGCCACCACCUCACCGGGAGGGAGCCGCGCCCGCCGCCGCCCCCCGAGCCCCGACAGCUGCCUCGCCUUGCCGCCGCCUCCCUGCAGGGCUCCUGUUUGGACGAAACACCCAAAACUGCGAAACCGUGUUUGCCUCCCCUGUUUACCCGACAGUCCGGGGGACCCCGAAGAGCCCCGCCCCCCCCGCCCCGUGCCCUCCCUCUGCAGGCCUCGGUGCGCCCCGCAGGCUGCGGUGGGCGCGGGCACGCAGCUUUGUUCAAGUUCGAGUCCACUGUGUGUGCUUCCGCGCGGGCCGCAGGCAGCCCAGGACGGCCUCUCUGUGGCUCCUCACUGGCUUGUCUUACCCUGCGCAGGUAAUGCAACCAAUUUUGGUCUCAUCAGUCUGUUUUUUUUCCCCUGCCGCCCUUUAUUUAUCGAGCAUAAUACUACACGUGAAAGAACAGCAAAUAAGAACUUUGUAGAAUCCCACCAGGACUUUGCUAACAAUGAUAUUUGGAAAAUAGAAAAAAAAAAAAAAAAAACGCUCUGAAAACUAGCAGCCACCAAAAUAGUUUUGUUGGCACUGUGUUCACACGCAUGGUCCCCACACCCCCAGGUUGGGUUUUUGGGUUUCGUUUUCGUUUUCGGGGGGCUUUUCAUGUUACAUCCAUAUCUGUAUUUAUAUCUUAUUUGUUUCACUCUCAAGUGUAUCAUGGCAAAUGUACAGAUUUUUUUUGUUAAUAAUGUGCUAGGAUUUGCUAAAAAAGAAAACAACAAAAAAAAAACCCUUUUGAGUUUGCCCUAGAAUAAAUGAAUCUUAAUUCAG